UCUUAUCCAUCAUCUUCGCCGAUAUGGUUUGUGGACUCCGAUGACCCAAAUCUGACAUCGGUUCUGGAACGUCUAGAAGAUACUGAGAUCAACAAUUCGCUUCGUCAGCAAUUGAAGUGGUUGAUAUGUGAACUCUGCAGAUUAUAUAACCUUCCUAAGCACCUGGAUGUUGAGAUGCUAGAUCAACCACUACCCACGGGUCAGAAUGGGACAACAGAAGAAGUGACUUCAGAAGAGGAGGAAGAGGAAGAGAUGGCUGAAGAUAUAGAAGACUUGGAUCACUAUGAGAUGAAGGAAGAAGAGCCCAUUAGUGGGAAGAAGUCAGAGGAUGAAGGAAUUGAAAAAGAAAAUUUGGCAAUAUUAGAGAAAAUUAGGAAGACUCAAAGGCAAGACCAUCUAAAUGGUGCCGUGUCGGGGUCCGUGCAGGCUUCAGAUAGACUCAUGAAAGAGCUCAGGGACAUAUACAGAUCGCAGAGUUACAAAACAGGGAUUUAUUCAGUGGAACUCAUAAAUGACAGUUUAUAUGACUGGCAUGUUAAACUGCAGAAGGUCGAUCCUGAUAGUCCUUUGCACAGUGAUCUUCAGAUCUUAAAAGAGAAAGAAGGCAUAGAAUAUAUUUUGCUUAACUUUUCCUUUAAGGAUAACUUCCCAUUUGAUCCUCCGUUUGUUCGAGUGGUGUUGCCUGUUCUCUCGGGAGGGUACGUGUUGGGCGGCGGUGCAUUGUGUAUGGAACUUCUCACAAAACAGGGCUGGAGCAGCGCCUACUCCAUAGAGUCGGUCAUCAUGCAGAUCAAUGCCACCUUAGUCAAAGGCAAAGCCAGAGUGCAGUUUGGAGCAAACAAGAAUCAGUAUAAUCUAGCAAGAGCCCAACAGUCUUAUAAUUCCAUUGUGCAGAUACACGAGAAAAAUGGCUGGUACACCCCUCCGAAGGAAGAUGGCUAAAUGCGUUGACUGUUGUAUGUUUGGACCAAUGUUGCUUUAAAGAAAAUCUUUCCAACAUGCAGACACAAGCUUUGAGUGCCCCGUAACAGCAGUACCGAAGACGUUAGCUAAUAGAUUAUUUUAGUGGAUAAUGUGUCAACCGACAUCCUGUAUAAGUCAUAGCCUUUUCAUUUUGCUCAUUUUAGGUAUCUUGGACUGAGCAGUGGGGCCUUUACUGUAUCCUUCCUGAUAAAUACACAUACUGGCCACUCCUUAUCAUCUCUUUUUCUUGAAAAGUGAAAUCUGUUAAGCAGGCAAGUUAGCAUCAGGUCACUGAAGCUGCGACUCUAGGGUAACUUACCCACAUCGAGCUCCUGCGUGAUGAGGACUUAGAGUAUAUUGUUCCAUUUAGAGCCAAUAAAAGUUUAAUCGACGUUUCAUACUGGUUUAGAAGAUUUCAGGUCUUCUAAGUCACAGCUUUUUCAGGUAUAAACCAUUUUAUGAUAUUGCCAAAACAAUGACAGGAUACUCAAUAAACUGUUAAGCUUUUUCAUGGCCACGUGAA